CGUCUCCUUUGAACUUGGCAGACAAGUAUUGGGCGCUGUGAUUGACCCACUUACCUUCCGACUGCAGUAUGGGUCCUAUGGGUCUAUCCCACGAAUGACUUACUUUGCCAUACAUACAGAUCCGCCUAAUUGCCGUCGAUAUAAAGUUAGAAGGAUGGAUAGCUUUCCAACUAGCAAAGCGCCAUACAAUACUGCGGUGAUCUGAUCAACAACAUGAUUACGUUCUAUGACAGGUGAUUGGUCGAGGCUUACGAACGUGCACACCCUGCCGCACUAGGAUUAGUAGCCAGAUUGACCGAGAGUAUAAGGUAGUUGACUCAAGGUUCCUCUUUCCCAUCGUUUCAUGGCUUCAGAAAAGGCUUCCAGCGACGAGGGGCAUACCCCUGCUCUUGCCCGGCCUGCAUACAUCCUCGAUGAACGUCGACGCGCUGCUCUAGCAGAGGUCGACACCGCCAAGUUCUCAUGGUUUCAUGUGAAGAUAUGCCUUGUUGCUGGGGCUGGUUUUUUCACCGAUGCAUAUGAUAUAUUUGCUAUAAACAUCGGUGCCACCAUGAUUGGAUACGUAUACGGACACAACCAGGCGCUCAGUGCCAAUCAAGACCUUGGCCUCAAAGUCGCCACUCCAGUUGGUACUCUCGUCGGUCAGCUCCUCUUCGGUUGGCUUGCCGAUCUAGUUGGGCGCAAGCGCAUGUAUGGUAUUGAGUUGAUCCUCAUGAUAAUUGCUACGUUCGGACAGACGGUCUCAGGAAGUGGUCAUGCAGUGAAUAUCAUUGGCGUUCUUGUUGUCUGGCGUUUUCUGAUGGGCGUCGGGGUUGGAGGUGAUUACCCUCUGAGCGCGAUCAUUUCCUCGGAGUUCGCCUCUACCAGAAUUCGGGGUCGUAUGAUGAACGCAGUUUUCGCCUUUCAAGGCUGGGGUAACUUUUCUGCGGCUUUGGUGUCUUUGAUUGUCACGUCCGCCUAUAAAAACUCUAUCCUUCACGACACGCCCCCGAACUACAACCACGUCGACUAUAUGUGGCGUCUCCUCAUUGGAAUCGGUUGUGUUCCCGGUGUCAUCGCCCUAUACUUCCGUCUAACUAUCCCUGAGACGCCUCGUUUCACCAUGGAUAUAGAACGCAACAUCCAACAAGCCUCCGCCGACAUCACCACCGUCAUCACCGGAAAGUCUGUCAAAAAGCCAGACUCCGUCAUCCAGCGUGCCGACGCACCCAAAGCCUCCUGGUCAGACUUCAUUGCAUACUUUAGCCAAUGGAAAAAUGGCAAAAUCCUCAUCGGUACUGCUUACUCCUGGUUCGCUCUUGACAUUGCUUUCUACGGCCUUGGUCUCAACUCUAGUAUCAUCCUUGAGGCUAUAGGCUUCGGGACGCCUCUAACAAGUGGUUCGCAAAAGGUCUACGAUAACCUGAACAACAUCUCAGUCGGUAACCUGAUCUUAUCGGCUGCGGGACUCAUCCCAGGGUACUGGGUCUGUUUCCUCUUCAUCGAUUCAUGGGGCCGCAAGCCUAUUCAACUGAUGGGCUUCAUCGUACUUACGAUCCUCUUCAUCAUCAUGGGCUUCGGUUUUGACGCCCUCAAUAAGACCAAGUCUUCACAAGGCGCCUUCGUCUUCCUCUACUGCCUCACCAACUUCUUCCAGAACUUUGGGCCGAACACGACCACGUUCAUCGUACCUGGUGAGGCGUUCCCGACUCGCUAUCGGUCGACUGCGCACGGGAUAUCUGCUGCGAGCGGGAAACUCGGGGCUAUUAUCGCCCAAGUAGGGUUUGCUCGGCUGAAGGAUAUCGGUGGACCUAACAAGUUUGUGAAGCACAUCCUCGAAAUAUUUGCGCUGUUCAUGCUGACGGGGAUCUUCUCGACCCUGCUCAUUCCUGAGACAAAGAAUAAGACUCUUGAAGAGCUGUCGAAUGAAGAUCAAGAAGGCUUCGUUCGGGGGGCCGGUCGUCUCGAAGUCGACGACGAUGGUUUGGUAAAAGCAGUGUCAUAAGGACGGUGCGAUUAUAAUGCCGUAUGAUUUCCAUUUUGUUAUGAUUACGACCAACAUCCUGGCAUGUGUACUUGUUCAAUGAAAUCUAUAUUCAGAUUUAUGAGGAAUUGAUCCAAUGCCCCGUAUGUAACUCUGUGAUUCAAUUAAAGCGAGAGCAGUUGAUGGUGAGCUGGUAUCACGGGUG